GGUUGAACCUUCGAGAUGAUGAAGAUCAGUUUCAUAAUCAUAGUUCUGUUAACGGUAGGAAUAGUAUCCGGUAAGAUAUCAACUAAAAAAGUUUCACCAGCUCCAUCUCCAUCUCCGUAUUCGUAUGCACCUCAAUCAGAAACCAGAAUGUCUCCAUCUCCUUCACCAUCGGCCUCUCCAACAACGAUGCCUCCCGGUUACAUUCACGGGCCACCGUCUCUGUCACCGGAAGAAAGUGAUCUCAAAUACAAAGACGGUAGUGGAACAGAGAGGGAAAGUUCCUCAGGAGGCGGAAAGAAGGCUGGAAUUGCGGUUGGAGCGAUUGCAGCAGCGAGUAUGGUUGGCGUCGCAGGGUACGUGUUGAAGAAACGGCGAGAGAACAUUCGUCGAUCACGAUAUGAAUACGCCGCCACUGAGAUCUUCUGAAGAGACAGAAACUUGGUCAUGGAUGUGGUGUGUCGUUUCCUACGUUUUGAGUUAAUGUACAAUUUAAUCAGCUUUUGUCCUAACAACGGUGGGUAAGAUAUGCGGCUCCUAGAGACAUGACUCUUUAUUAUAGUCUCUAGCUUCUUUUUUUUUUGGCAUCAAUUAUAGUCUCUAGCUAUGCUAUGGAACAUGUCAUGUCCAUGAAAGAUGUUGUAAAACUUGUAGAAAUCAUCAAUGUUCAAGAUUAUCUAUACUCCAUCCGUUUCAGAAAAUUAAAUGUUUAAGAAAAAAAAUUCAUUUAAAAUAGUUUUUUGUUGUUGUGUGUUUCUAUACAUUUUUAUUAGAUAAUACAAUAGUUUUUUUUUUUUGAGAAAGAGAUCUAGAUAAUAUAAUAAAUUACAGAUUUAAAAUAAAAUUAGUAUUAUAAAUUAUAGAUUUAAAAUAGUAAUUGUAUUUUUAAAAUUAUAUUGGUUUAAAAUAUUUGAAGUUACACAAUCUUAUAAAAUAAUGUAUUAAUAAUUUAAAUUUAAUAUAUAUUUUUAAUAUAAUUUGCAUUGAUUUGUAUGCAUGCACGUUAGCGGUUCUUGAAACUUUCAUAUAAUCAAAGUUACUCCUCUACCACCCAUCCUUUCUUAUCCUCACCAAGUUUAGAUGUAAGAAACGAAAGCCAAUGCUAUUUCAAGGAGAUCUAUUUUCUUUUAUUGCCACAUUAACCAUACAUUAUCUUCACUAUAUUUAAAAAUAAGUAAUAAAGAAUUACUAUAUUUAAAGCUAAUCUUAUGUAUAAAAACCCCAAAGACCGAUCGUAGUUUUUCCAAGCACAAAACAUCAAGUUGAAUAUCUUGUAUUAUUAAAAAUAAAUAAAACAAACUGCAAAAAAAAAAAUGGCCUCAUCAAGAUUUCAACUUGUUGCCCUUCUUGUCAUCUUCUCUCUCGUUAUUACUGCCCAAUCUAAUUUAACAG